AUGCUGAGGCAUCUUUUGGAUGCGACCACGACCAAGUUUCACCAGCACCACAACUUGGCCAAGAUAAUCCACAAGGCGCUGACCGAGCACGGGGAAGACGAAGUGAACAAAUGCCUCGACGACAAGUACCUCCCAGUCAUUCCCACAGAGACGCACCCAGACCACCUAGGCGAAGCAAACGAGUGGCUAGAUCGAGACAUUGAAGUUUGGGAAUGGAAAGCAGCCAAGACCAUCUUGGUUCCCAAGCCGGGCAAGCCACUCAACAUUGAGAACCUCCGGCCGAUCUGGCUUACGUCCUGUGUGGCAAAGCGUUGGAUCAUGUACUCAUGGCAGAAGUACCUGGAAGAUUCAGGGCUCUACCCAAACACUCUCAUCGGGUUCCGAAACAAGCUCGGAGCUCAGGACGCCAUGAUACAACUGAAAAAUGAAAUCCUCGAUGACACUACCAACACGAAAGACAAGCGAGCCAUCUUGGGUUUGGACCUGCAGAGCGCUUUUGACAAAAUCCGAGUGCUGGGGAUGCUGAUUGAGCGCAAACGAGUCAACGGCGAGACGGUCAACUGUCUGGCGGCCAGAAUCAUGACCGCCAUCCGCCUCAUUAAGAGGGUGUCGCACAGAACAGCAGGCAUGAAGGAAGAAAGCCUCACCCGCUCUAUAGACCCCUUGCAAAAGUACGCCCCUCGCGGCCGCCGCCGCAACUACGUGCGCAGCCGCCAUGUUGUGGGGGUGCCGCCAGCUGCCGCUCCUGUCUCGGCAUUGUUGACUAAGGAAAGCGUCGCGUCGUUCAAGGCUCUUACGUUGCAAGUCUGCGUUAUGAAUAUUUAUUUGGCAAUGGUUCACUUCUGCUGUGUUCCUGAAUGUCACCAGGAGGGAUACCGAUGCAAAAGCGGCGAAAAGGUCUCAUUUCACAAGUUCCCACGGGACAAGGUCAUGUUCAAAAAGUGGAUAAUCGCCAUAAGAAGGGAUCCAGGGCCAAACUUCGUGGUCGGCCAGUUUACGAGGGUCUGCUCCAAACAUUUCAAGCCGGAUGACUAUAUCCCAAACGUGGCCAGUGGGCGACGCUUUCUGAAAGACAAUGCUGUGCCGACGCAGUUUGUGUUUGCCAAGCCUGUGAAACAGCGUCGACCACCUAAGGAGCGAGCACUGCGCUGCAGCAAGAGUCUCACAAGCCAUCUUUUACAAGCAGCAAGCCCCGACACUGAUCUGAGCCAGCGUGAAAGUACGAGUGACCGAGAUAUGACCUGGGAACCUUCACAGCAAUCCGAAGAUGCAGGCCAACGAGCCAAGGGUCAUGCGACGCAAAACACUGCUGCAGAUUUGGUUUGUCAGUCGUGCACUGCCACUUUUCAAAAAAUUCAGCUGGAGCUAAAGGCAAGGUGCGAAGAAGUUGCACAGCUGUCUGCUCAUGUUCAGAGCCUUAAAAGGGCUUUAGGUGAAGCAAGGAAGCUCAGAGAGGACAUCGUCACAGUAAACGACAACAACAUUGAGCUGAUUGCAGAGAACAAAAAGCUAACUGAGCAGCUUGAACAUGUCAAAAAGCAGCUGCAAGAAAUGCAACGAGCAGCUGAAGACAAAGAAAGUCGAGCAAAAAAAGAAAGAAAGCCAUUUUCACUUGCGAGGUUCCGUGAUGACGACAACAGCAUGCAGUUUUACACUGGAUUAUCUAGCUACAAGCACUUUCAAUGCUUCCUUUUAUACCUGAAGCCGGGUGAAAAUUCCUGUAAUGUAUACUUGGAAAAUGAAAGCACACCUGGGGACGUUAAGGGACGCCCACGGAAGCUUGAACCUGCGGAAGAACUUUUUCUCACACUGAUGAAAUUGAAAACUGGAUUUUUCCACCUGCAUCUCGGGCAUAUUUUCCGUGUUUCUGCAAGUACAGUGUCAAGAGUGUUUUCUGGUUGGAUCAAUUUUAUGUACAUCCAGCUGGGAAAACUUACUCUGUGGGUGCCACGCAGUAAGAUUGACAGGCACAUGCCUCCUGCAUUUCGGGAGCUGUACCCAAGCACAAGGGUGAUCAUCGAUGCCACAGAGGUAAAGUGUGAAGUACCUAGCUCCCUCGUUUUGCAGUCAGGUACGUACUCAACUUAG